GUGGGCACCACCCCUCUGCAGCAUGUGGUGGGUGGGGGGGAAUGGAGCUAUAAGAAGAGGGGCUGGGAGCUGAGAGCCCAUCACUGGGGAUCUGGUGAGAGCAUCUGUCAGUGAGAGACGGCACCUCCUGCUCCUGCCCCAUGGAAACCAUGGUGCCGGGACGGAUGCCCAGGGCUGGACUCCUGCUGCUGCCCCUUCUCCUCUGCUUCGGGCCAGAGACCGCCGGGAGCAUCAACCCGGCCGCACUCAGAGAGAUUGGGGAUCAUGUGAACAAGGAUGGGUUGGCUGUUGAAUACGCCUUCGCCAUCAGCCUGGAGAAAGCCAGUUGUGAGAACCCAUCUGGUCUGGAACAGAUGCUGCGCAGGAACAAACUGCAGGACAUGCAGGCGGCCAUUAACGCAGAGGGCAGCCUGUAUGACCCAGACGAAGGGCCCAUUGUGGCUGCCCGGAUGAAGCACCUGGGCAGGGGAGGGGAACACACCGAGUGGCGCCUGCUCCAGGGCGACCAGAACAGCCCCGUGCAGAAGCUCCUGGCCCGGCCCUACAACGAGAGAAGCUGCCUGAUCUUCUUCACCGUCCGCUCGCCCUGCGCGGGGACGUGCCUGCUGGUGAAGAGGCCCCACAACAUCCUACAGAUGGUGAGUGACACCUUCCGCCCCAUCGACCACAACUACAAGGCCUUUGUCUUCCGGCAGAUCUACUGGCAGGACCGGGACCUGGAUCCCCAAAGCCUGCUGGAGGCCUGGCACCGGCUGCCCGACGUGCCCCUGCUGCGCUGUGACACCAAGGGCUGCAGGGACUGCAGUGGGAACGACCCCAACACCGACACCAACGCCUGCCUGGACGAGAUGCGAGCUAUGAGGCAGCCGCUGCACCUACCUGGCAGAGGGCAGGAGGGAGAGCAGGGGGCAGAGAGGAGAGCAGAGGAUGUAGGGGAGAGCAGGGAGCACCUUCAGAGGGCUGGGGAGAUGGUGGGGCAGGGGGCACCACUGGAGGGCUGGGAGGACAGCGAGGCAGGGGGUGACAUUGUAACAUUGGGGGGAUGGCCGGAUAUUGAGUUCCGUCGGAGGCAUGGGGGACGGUCAGAGACCACUGGGAGCAUCAACCCGGCCGCGCUCAAAAAAAUCGUGGAUCAUGUAUCGCCCUGUUACCGCUCCCGCCCCCACGAUCAGUACACGGUGACCGUCUCCUUGCCGCAGUCUGUGUGCAAAGGCACCAGCCCGAAUGAUCUGGAGAGGCACCUGCCCAUGGCCAAGCUCCAGGUGAUGAAAUCCAAGCUGCAGACGGACCUUCUCUAUGAGGGGAAUCACACUGUUGCCGCCAAACCCGACAAAAAUGGCCAAUGCUCCCUGCAUUCCGACUUGAAGGACGACCACUGCAUCCAGCAACUCAUGGAUGGGAUCUUCGGCGCCAUAGAUGAAGACCGCUGCACCUUGGCCUUCAAGGAGGUUUUCGGUCAGGACAGAAAUCAGGGGAAGCAGCUUGUAUGGAACUCAUGGCAAACGCUCUGUAAUGUGCCCAUGUACCAGCGCGAUGACCAGGGCUGCCAGACCUGCGAGGAGAAGGACGUCAACAAGAACUCCUGCCAAACAGCAGUGAAAAACCCAGCCACGCCAGCCCCGAAAGCAGCCCAUGGGGGCGGACGCCAAGGUGAGAGGAGAUUGUAA